UGUAAAUAUUUUUUUAUAUAAAUUCGAAACGGCUAAAUUGCAAGGAUUGUUAGCUUCCGGAGAGCACGAUACAAAAAUAAAACGAAAAUAAAGCAAAAACAUCUAAGUUAAGAGACAACACAACAAAACAAAAAUGGCAGAUGACUGGGGAGCCAUUGUUGAUGAACAGGAAAAGAACCUUACUCAAAAGGUUGGCGGUCUGAAUCUUGCUGGUGCCAGCGGCGGUGACAAGCCCACCACAUCAACAUCAUCAACAACAACAACAACAGCAGGUGCCCAGGCAACAGGAGUUCAGGCAACAGGAGCCCAGGGGGCUGAGGGAGGAGUCAAAGGGGCAACUGGAGGGGCAGGGGAUACAGGGGCUACAGCUAAAGCUGGGGAGGAGGAAGAACAUGCGGUGACAAAAGAGGAUGAAUCACUAUUACACAAGCUGCUUCACUCCAAGCUUGUCUCCACAAAAGCAGAUCUGGAGGUGUUACAAAAAGAUCCCAACUCUCCACUCUACUCAGUGAAGUCAUUUGAGGCCCUCCAUCUGAAGCCAGAACUGAUGAAGGGUGUAUAUGAAAUGGGGUUCAACGCACCUUCAAAAAUACAGGAAACAGCAUUACCAGUCUUGCUUGCUGACCCGCCAACCAACAUGAUAGCUCAAAGUCAGAGUGGUACAGGGAAGACCGCAGCCUUCGUCCUUACAAUGCUCAGUCGGGUAGACCCUAAUCUCCAACAUACACAGUGCUUGUGCCUGGCGCCCACCUACGAGCUGGCUCUACAGAUAGGCGGCGUAACAGAGAAGAUGGCCAAAAAUAUGGUUAACGUUAAAAUAGGCUACGCUGUGAAAGGGGAAAGAAUUGCUCGUGGUCAGAGGAGCCUGGACCACAUCUUGAUAGGCACGCCCGGCACUGUGUCUGACUGGUGCCUCAAGUAUAAAAGCGUGGACCCAAAGAAACUGACAGUAUUCGUCCUUGAUGAAGCAGAUGUUAUGAUAGCCACACAGGGUCAUCAGGACCAGAGUAUACGCAUACAGAGGCAGCUGUCUAAAACAUGUCAAAUGUUACUAUUCUCUGCCACUUACGAAGACGAUGUAAUGAAAUUUGCCCAGGCAGUAAUCCCAAAUAAUCCUGUCGUAAUUAAGCUACGCCGAGACGAGGAAAGCCUCAAUAACAUCCGACAGUUCUAUGUGCAAUGUCGAGACCAGGAAGAGAAGUUUCAAGCGCUGGGCAACAUCUAUGGCGCGAUCUCUAUCGGGCAGUCAAUGAUUUUCUGUGCAACACGGCGGACAGCCCACUGGUUAUCAGAAAAGAUGACAAAGGACGGUCACGCGGUGGCGUUAUUAUCAGGGGAUCUGGACAUUGCACAGCGGGCGGCAAUCAUCAACAGAUUCAGGGAUGGGAAGGAGAAAGUCCUCAUCACAACAAAUGUAUCUGCCAGAGGUAUAGACGUUGAGAUGGUAACAGUGGUUGUAAAUUUCGACAUGCCCGUGUUACAAGAGACGAAACAAGCCGAUUGCGAGACAUAUUUGCACAGAAUCGGCCGGACAGGUCGGUUUGGAAAGGCUGGAAUCGCCAUCAACAUGAUCGACUCGAACAAAUCCCUCCAAGUCAUGAAGGCAAUAGAACGACAUUUCAAUCGUACCAUAGAACUGCUUGAUACAGAUGAUAUUGAAGCAGUUGAAAGGAUUAGCACCUAAAAUAGAAUACAUGAUCUCUAGACUGGUCUUAAGAAAUUAACUAUAAUAUGAUCAUAGACUGUGAACAGACGAGGUCAAGGUUAUAUUGCAUCAGGACUAUUUUUAGAAUGAUCAGAUAUUGUGCUGAAAAUUCAGUUGUUAAAAAGUGUUUUAAUGAUGACAUAUUUUUUAAAUUUAGCUGGUGCAAAAGUUCAAAGUGCUUAACAGAUUGCACAAUGUAUGGGUCUUAGAUUUUCCUUACCGAAAAUUGUAGCGAAGUUCAUUGACUGGUAUGGUUCUUAAUUUCAGAAAAUGAUUUUAAAAAGCAUUGUGUAUAAAGAUAAACAUGUUUACCAUUGUUAUGUGUUAACAAGGAACAAGAUUUAGUGUUUGUUUACAUACAUGAACAUGUGUCAAAAGUUCAAAACUUUAUAAUGACAUAUCGUGAUUGCUCUGUCAUUGAGGAAAUAAAAACAUCAACUUGUAACACAUUAAUAUUUAGAGGUAAACAUGAAGAGGUCCCAAGUGACAAUGUAUAAAGAAGAAGGUAUAAUCAAUUUGCUUUCACCAUUAAAUCAAUACUGGUGGGUAAACCUGAAGAGGUCCCAAAUAAUGAUUGAGGUAAAAAAGAAUAAGGUAAAAAAUUGAUUUGCUUCAAACUCCAGAUAUACAGAGAAUUUGAGUUAUCUGCAAUUAUUACAAACUAUUAACAGGUGUUUUAAAAUUCAAGCCUGGCCAUUUUACCUUUUAGCUCUUUGCUCAGUCUGGGCAUAUAAUGGUGUAAUUUAUUUUUGUUUUAUAAUUAUUUGUACAAUAGAAUUGUAGUGACUUCAAACUUGACAAGCACUUCGUUGAAAGAGUUAUAAAUGCACGAGCGGAUCCAGGGGAGGCCGCUAAGGUAUGCCCUCUCUAAUGUCAAAUCCUGGAUCUGCCCCUGGUUUGCUCCUAAAGAAAAGUAUGCGAUUGAGUAACAAAUGUUUUUAUAUUGUUUUUAGGUUUAAACAUAUUUUAUUUCAUGAAAUGGUUCAAAUUACAAUGUAUACUUCUACUACUUAAAGAAUUUGAUCAGAAUCCAAAAGCUUAUAAAAUUCAUCUUUUUACGAUAUUGUUAAUUUCUUCUGUUCCUGUUAAACUAUAAAGUAUUAAAUUAAACUAUGAUCCUGUUGAACUGUAGAACAUGCUCUGAAUACUAGAUAUUGUUUUUAAUGAUCAUGCUUUAAGUUAUAUGAAACGGUAACAAUCAGAAAUGGGUCUUGUCAUUAAAUUCUAAAAUUGUCUGUCUUUAAUCUUAUUUUCAAAUAUGUAAUUCAGAUAUCAAAGAACGGUAAAUAACGUUGAAUAUAUAUUAUAACCUUUUAACCAUGUCAUGGCAUGGGUGCCAACAUUCUGAUUGCUAUCACAGCAAAACUAAGAGGUCUGACAGGGAUAUGAUUUUUCCGUGGAUUCGCAGAUUUCCGUGAAUGAUAUGGCUCCAGGAACAAACGAAAAAAAACUUUUUUUAAUGAUUUAAAAAAGUUAACAGAUUGCUUUUGGUUGUAACUUAAAUUGUUAUUCCUUUUGACACUCAAGUGAGCUUCAUAUUUGAAAUCAGGAGAGCCCUAAAAAGGUUUUUAAAAAGCCAGUUUUGCUUCUGCAGUAGGGUGCUUUACCCACUUUGACCCCUAUUGGGGGCCCAAGGAUCCCCCAAACCCAUAGCCAAAACAGUUACAGCCCUUCAGCUGCCAAGUGAUUCACAUUUCUCACUGACAUCAUAUCUACUUUAAGACCCAAGUUUGGUUGUUGACCUGCAUAUUUUACAGGUUUUUAGCACCUCUUUGAAAUGUACAUACAUGUAGUUAUAAAAUUACCAUGUAUCUUAAAUGGACAUUUCAUAAUCAUUAUGUCACUCCAUUGUGCUUGUACAUUAAUUUUAAUUUUGUAAAUUACAAAACAGUUUAUAAAGAA